AUGACCCUGGCGCAACCUGAUUAUGACCAAAGAAUUCAACCUCUCUCAUUAAAAGACACCAACUUAUUCAAACCCAUCAAGCUUGGUGAUAUUGAGGUUUCCCAUAGAGUCGUCUUAGCUCCGCUGACUAGACUUAGAGCAGACCCUGAUUCUUAUGUUCCUAAUGUUGAAUUGGCUUCUGAGUAUUACCGUCAGAGAUCUGAAAACCCAGGGGCACUGAUUAUCACAGAAGGUAUUGUUGUUUCGAAGUUCACCACAGGAUUCUUUGAUGGGUGUCCAGGUAUUUGGAAUGAGGAACAGACUGAAGCAUGGGCUAAGAUCUUUAAGCCAAUUAAAGAUAAUGGUUCAUUUGUUGUUGCCCAGUUGUUUGGUUUAGGUAGACAAGCCAUUCCUGAUGUUCUUGCUAAGAAUGGAAUCCCUUAUAAAACUGCAACUGCUGGUAGAUACAUCACUCACGACGGUGCUUAUGAUUUCAAAGAAAAAGCACUUGAGUUCAAUAAUCCAUUACUUGAGUUAACAUUGGAAGAAAUUGAACAACAUAUUGUUGAUUUUAUUCAAGCUGGUAUUAAUUGUAUCAAGGCUGGAGCUGAUGGUGUUCAAGUUCAUGUUGCCAAUGGAUACUUGUUGAAUCAAUUUUUAGACCCAGAAUCAAAUCAAAGAACUGAUGUAUAUGGCGGAUCAAUUGAGAAUAGAUCAAAAUUGCCUUUGAAAAUCAUUGAUGGUUUGAUCGAUGCUAUUGGGGCUGGCAAGGUUUCUGUUAGAUUCUCUCCAUAUUCGAAAUUUGGUGGUUUUAAUGGUGUUCAAGAUGAUCCAACCUUAUUGGCACAAUAUGCUCAUAUCGUGGGUGAAUUAGAAGUUAGAGCUCAACAAGGCAAAAGAGUUCAAUUUCUUGAUAUUGUUGAGCCACGAAUCUUUACGGGUGUUUCCACUGAUGAAUACCCUGAAUUUAAAGGUGGUAAUAAUGAUUUCUUUUAUCAUAUUUGGAAAGGACCAAUUGUUAGAGCUGGUGACUAUAUGUCGAAUCAUGAUGCUUUGAAAAAUGAUAUACAAGAUGGAAGAACAUUAAUUGCUUUCGGUAGGUAUUUUAUUUCAAAUCCAGAUUUACCAACUCGAUUACAAAAAGGUUUACCAUUAAACAAGUAUUAUCGUGAACUUUUUUACAGUCCUGGUCCAAAAGGCUACAUUGAUUACCAAAAACACAGUGAAACAUUGACUGAAUAG